AUGCCUAGUGUUGAUCUCGAUCCCUUCCAACCACUUUUUGUUCCCGGACCUACUCAGCUUUUCAUUCGAGAUUUCAAGGAUCGAGUGACCCCCAAUGAUACCCAAAGGAAUACGUUGAUCGUCGCUGGCAUAUAUAUCGUUGUCAUAUUUAUUCUAUGGCACCUGCCCUAUUUGCGGGUCAUCAUAUACCCAUUCAAACUUUUGACCGUUGGAUUUCAUGAAAUGAGCCAUGCAUUUGUGGGCGUUCUUACUUGUGCUAAGAUUUACUCCAUUGAGCUCGAUCCCGACGAAGGAGGGGCCACCAGCAUGUCAGGCGGAGUACCAUGGUUGACUCUGCCGGCAGGAUAUCUCGGUUCUUCCUUCAUCGGUGCAGCUUUGAUAGCAUGCGGUUUCAAUACCAACGCAAGCAAAGUAGCAUCUAUUGUUUUGGCUGUUUUCUUUCUUUUCACACUAUGGUGGGCACGCAAAAAUUGGCUAUCGUGGCUUUUGAUCUUUGGUAUGUCUGGACUGAUUGUGCUCUUCUGGUUUGUCGGCGGUGGAAUUGCACUUCGCUACUUGGUACUUUUCAUUGGCGUUAUGUCGUGCAUGUAUGUUAUAUGGGAUGUUGUUGACGACACCCUUGCACGGAAAGUGAACACCUCCGACGCUUCUGAAUUCGCACGCAUCUGUGGCUGCUGUCCAUCGAGAGUGUGGGGAUUCUUAUGGCUGAUUGUGGCCUGCAUCUUUUUCGCACUUGGUAUUAUUGUUGGCCUCGUGUCUUUUAAGCAAAAUCUCGAGCAGCAAAAAAUAGAUUCCUCUCACUUCCUGCCCGUACCGGGUUCAAGCAGUCACGCAGUUUCUCUUUCCCCAAACUAUCAUGUGGCCGCCUGGGCGGUUAUUAUAUUGUUGAGCAUGCUAAGGUUGUUGUAA